AUGGAUGACAGCUUUCACCCCCAGGAUGAGGUCCUGCGGCACUCACUCGAGGAUCCUGAGGGCUUCUGGUCUCAUCAGGCGGAACAUUUGCAUUGGCACAAGAAACCCACAUCAACGCUAAAGGUCACCAAGAAGAAGCUCAAAAGCGGCGUCACUCACGACUCCUGGGAGUGGUUCCCAGACGGCGAGAUCUCGACCUGCUUCAACUGUGUCGACAGACACGUCCACGACGGCAAGGGCGACGCACCGGCCAUCUUCUACGACAGCCCGGUCACGGGAACAAAGCAAACGCUCACAUACAAGCAACUCCUUGACGAGGUUGAGGUGUUCGCCGGGGCUCUGAGGGAAGAGGGCGUCAAGAAGGGCGACGUUGUUUUGGUGUAUAUGCCCAUGAUUCCCGCCGCCCUCAUCGGCAUCCUCGCCGUCAGCCGUCUCGGCGCGAUCCACGCCGUCGUCUUUGGCGGCUUCGCGCCCAACGCGCUCGCUCAGCGCAUAGAAGCCUCGCAGCCCGUGGCCAUUCUCACGGCAUCGUGCGGCAUCGACGGCAACAAGCCGCCGAUGAGUUACAAGCCUCUCGUGGAGGAGGCGUGCGCCAUUUCCUCCCACAAACCCGAUAAAGUCAUCGUCUGGCAGCGAGAGCAGAUUCGAUGGCAUCCGAUCAAGAGGAACGGCGGCGAGCGAAACUGGCAGAGCAUCGUGAAGAGCUGUCGUGCGAGGGGGAUCAGGGCAGAGUGCGUGCCGGUCAAGUCGACGGAUCCGAUAUACAUCAUCCACACGUCCGGGACGACGGGGUCGCCGAAGGGGGUGUUGAGAGAUGCUGCCGGUCACGCCGUGGGCCUCCAUCUGUCGAUCAGUUAUCUCUUCAACAUCCAUGGUCCCGGGUGCGUGUCAUUCACGGCUUCUGACAUCGGAUGGGUCGUUGGGCACAGCUACAUUGCCUACGCCCCUCUCUUCACCGGCGCGGCGACGGUUCUUUACGAGGGCAAGCCGGUCGGGACGCCAGACGCAUCGGCCUUCUGGAGAAUAGUAGAGGAGUACAAGGUGAACACCAUGUUCACGGCCCCGACAGCGUUGCGCGCCAUCAAGCGUGACGACCCCGAGAACAAAUUCCUCAGGCAAGUGGGCGAGCGCGGCGGUCUCCGGACCCUCAAGGGUCUCUUCCUCGCCGGAGAGCGGUCUGAGCCGGCCAUCAUCACCAUGUACCAGGAGCUCCUCGAGCAAUACGGAGCAGUCGACGCUCACGUUGUUGACAACUGGUGGUCUACCGAAGCAGGCUCCCCGAUCACAGGUAGGGCUCUCGUGCCGCAUGCGGGGAAAGACAGGAAGACGGACGUCCGGGACCAUCCUCCGCCCAAGAUCAAGCCCGGCAGUGCUGGAAAAGCGAUGCCGGGCUUCGACGUGCGCAUCGUGGACGAUACCGGCAACGAGGUGCCCAGAGGCACAAUGGGAAACAUAGUCCUCGGCCUGCCACUCGCGCCGACAGCGUUUAGAACGCUAUGGCAGGACGAGGAGCGGUUUUACAAAGGAUACCUCAAGCGCUUUGAUGGCAAAUGGCUGGAUACAGGAGAUGCGGGCUAUAUUGACGCCGAGGGCUACGUCAACGUCAUGUCCCGGAACGACGAUGUGCUGAAUGUCAGCGCCCAUCGUCUGUCCAGCGGCGGCCUCGAACAAGCCAUCACAUCCCACCCCCUCGUAGCCGAGGCCUGUGUUGUCGGUAUCCCUGACGCCCUUAAAGGCCAGCUCCCCUUCGCCUUCAUCACGCUCUCGACGCCCGACCAUCCGACUUCGGCAGUGCCCGACAGCAAGCUCGCUGACGAGAUCCAGACGCUGGUGCGGUCGCAAGUCGGCGCCAUCGCGACACUGGGUGGGCUCAUCCAGGGGAAGGGCAUGAUCCCAAAGACACGCAGCGGCAAGACGUUGCGUCGUGUCCUGAGGGAGCUGUUGGAUAACGCGGUCCACGGCGAGUUCGAUAAGGAGGUGCAGGUGCCGAGCACUGUUGAGGAUGUCGGCGCGGUUGAGGUUGCCAGGGCCAAAGUCAGGGAGUACUGGGAGAUCAAGGGGGAUGGUCACAAGAGCACAGAGACGAGGGCGAAGCUGUAA